AUGUUCUUCUUCGUCUGUCCACGCCUUCGGAAAGGGCCUCGACAUGUUUCUUCUUCUGACUUUGCCCAAUCAUACCAAGAGAACCAAGCAAAUACCGAUGGAUCGGCAGAGCCGGCACAAGAUCCCUCACAGGGGGAAAAUUCACUCCCUGCCCAGUGUCAGAAACGAUCGGCCGCAAGUUUCUCAAGCCGGCUUCGGCGUCGACUCUCCCGGGAGUCUAGACAGUCUGGAGAGCAUCGCAUGAAUUUUCCUUUCUCCCUCAAACCAAAACCAAGUAUGUCUAAGACAGAUGCAGAGCUACCGGUCUUUGCAGACAUGGGAAGCAGCUUGAUGAGCGCGCGGGGAUAUGACAGCGACGCACAGUGUGUCGGAACCCCACAGCAUGUCGGCAAUGUAAACGAAUCACCGAGGACUCCGGCCUCACGCAGAAUGGGGCUCAACAACAUCGUUGAAGGUCAUAGAGAGCAUAAUAACAUGGGAUAUUGGGAUUCUCCCAAUAUGCAUGCACACCCGGACUCUCCAGCUAACUUUGGUAUGUCUGCACCAUCUACACCACAAGGGAGUAUGGAAAGGUUGCCUCAUCCCAGUGAUACACAACAUACAGCCAGAAACAUAGACAAAUCUUUCGACGACUUCGAACAAUUGGUUGCCCCAGACCACGCAAGCAAUCACCGCCAGGGGCUUUAUCUGGGAAACAGCAGUGAGAACUUCCAGGAUUUAGUGGGUGACUGGGCCCAGUACAUGAAUUCAAACGCGAUUGGUUUUCCCAAUGCGUCUUCGGAAUCGUUGGGCAGGCAAUCGCCCGACAUAGCGAUUUCCAAAAGACGACAGCAUUCGAGCUCCCCCAGGACACAUCCGGAGUCCCAUGUCCCAUAUUUGGGUGAUCUAGAUCUCUCUCACAGACUGGCUGGGUCGCCAUUGGCUUUGGGGUCUCAGUCGGCCAAUCCAUCCAUAACGAACCCACCCCACGCGAACAGACAUGGAUUGCGAAUGGUAUCAUCAGAAAAUGUUCAGUCAGACAUGACAUCUGGAUCCUCUACUGUUGUUGGGCCCGAAACACCCACUCGAUCAAUGCCUCAGCACCGAGAUGUGUCUUCCUUUUAUUCACGUCAAAGCGAUGAAACAGCAGGCAAUGCAUCUUCCGCAAUUCACUCGCUCAGAGUUCAUGCAGCAAAUGCCAUGGAUAGCUUGCCUAACAUUAAGGGAAGGCUGUUCGGAGAAGUUGGUUUCGUCGAGGACGCGCCAGGAGUUACAGGCGAUGUGAUCAAAGGCAAAUUCGGCGGCCACGAGCAAGCCAAUACACCAUCACCUCAGUCCCCUCGUGCAUUGCCAACCCCCACGGAAGGCAUGCGAAAGGUCAGUCCCGGAUGGAUGACUGGAGGUCGCCGGGUGGGAUAUGGUUACCGUAUGGUGGAUAACACUGACGAGUUGACACACCAUGGUGUUGAUGACGUACCAACUACUGGCAUCGUGAAGCAUGAAGAUGUAAGUGGGAAUGGCGGACGGAGAGCCGUGUCGCAGCCACCAGUGCAAACGCCUAUUCCGUAUGACAAUGUCAGGGCGAACAGCAAUUGCCCCUCGUCCCUCAAAAUACCAACGGACCCGAAGAAUGACCCUGUUCGAACACCGAGCAACUGGACGAAGCUGAAAAGAAACUCGGUUCGGGAUCGCAGCCACGCACCACUGGCAGUUGACCUUGCAAGCAAAGACAUGCCCCCCAGAGGUCCACACGGCGCCCGCGCCAUUCUCGUGCAGCCUCAGUAUUCUCCAACCCCUGAGAGUGUCGAAUAUGUUGAGGACGAUGGUAAUUUUGUGAGCAGAUGGUCGAGGAAUAGCUUCUCGCUGAGGAGAAGACUAUCUCAAUUGCACAAGAAAGAUGAUUCUAGUCCCGAACGCGAAUUGUGUACUCCCGAUGUUUCCCCGACUGUGAAUCGACGCUGCUCAAUGGAUCAGACAACCCGCUGUCCGUCUGUCUACUUUGACCCAGCGAAUGAGAGGAGUGCAGAUAAAGUGAAUGGACAGCCUUCGCGAUCUCGGAGCGGGCGGUGGGUUUUGAGAUUUUCUCGGCACCGUGAUAGCAGGAGGCGCUCAUCUAAGCCUGUAAAACAGCCUUCUCCGGAAUCCUCUGCAGAGUAUGAGUGUCCGUCGAGCGGCCUUGGGCGUCCUGAAUCCAUUAUGGGUGACAUCGCGGCCGAUUUGGCGAAUGAGUAUCAGCAAUGUAUUCAAAUGCCCGGAGCGUUCUAUGGGAGCGGUUGGGCGAGUCGAACAAGUCUGAUUGUUGAAGCAGAGUGA